AUGGCGGAUAUACUUUGGCGGGAAGCGAUACAAGCGACUAUAGCUCGGCAAGAUGCCGCUGCACAAGCAGCUCAAAGUCAAAAUAACGGCCAACAAAAUGGAGGUGACAACGAUCACGGUCAAAGCUCUGGUAAUGAUUAUCCACAAGGAAAUGGGAACUCGCAGCAGAGUGAAUACCAGUACAGCGGUCAAGCCUACAGUAGCGAUGAAGAUAGUGGUAAUGCUGAUUAUGGCAGCAAUGGAGAUAGUGGUAAUGCUGAUUAUAGUAGCAAUGGAGAUAGUGGCAUUGCUGAUUAUAGUAGCAAUGGUGAUGCGAGUGAAGCUGAAGGAAGUUCCUCCGAUUCCUCUCCAUCAGAAAGUUCAGUAACUUCUGCCAGUCAUGCAAACGGGUCAAAGGCAAAAUCAAAUAGCAAGGCGAAAUCAAACAGCAAGCCAAAAAAACCUCACAAUAACCGAAAUGGACGAAAGCAUUCCCAUGCAAAUCAUAAGAAAAAAAAUCACUCAAACCACAAGAAGAAACUCCACAAGAAUCAUAGAAAUUCGGGUAGUUCAAAACCAAAACACGGAAAUAAGAAAAAGAAAUCUACUUCCGAGCCUAAUCCUUCUACAGCCUUGUUCAAUACCACAACUAUACCUGAAUAUAUAAUGGCAAUGACUACUAAUGUUCCAAAAGCUGAGACUUCCAGAAGUACUGAUUUAGGUGGAAGUGAAACACAAGGAGGUAUAAGUACUACCCAGAGCCCUGAAAUCUCGUCAGACGCAAGUGAGGGUACUACACAACGAGCAGAAAGUUCAGCACAAGAAUCUGGAACAACAGACGUGUUACAAACUACAAGUCAACCGGCUGAAGCAAGUGGAGGUACCACAAAAGCUGAAAUUACCACUCAAGUGACUGAAGAUGCUGUAAACGGCAAAACAUCACAAUCUAACUCUGAUGAAGGCACUACUGAUGAGUCAGAUAAUAGAGAUGAUUCAUCAUCCACAAUUCAAAGUGAUAAUAAUGGCAACGAUAAAACAAGUAUGAAACCAUCCUUUAAUGAUCAAAGCAUUUCCACUACAGUACCUGAUGAUCUUAAUGUUUCAAAUAUAGAAUCCAAAACCACUCCAAAAAUUUCAAAAAAUGACCAAAAAACGGGAAGUACUCAACGACCGAAGAAAAAACACCCUAAAAGAAACAAACCAUCGAAACCUAAGCGUAAAAACAAUCAUAAAGGAAGUGGGACUAAAAGAGGGAAAACGGGCUCAAAUAGAUCAAGUAAUGACAGCCACAACUCUACUCAAAGUACCUCAACUUCGGAAGAAAACAAUCAACCACCAGCUGAAAGCAGUUCUUCUUCCUCUGAAAACAGCUCUUCUUCAACCAAAAACGAGCAACUCUCAACUGAAAGCACUGUAGCUGCAAGCGAAAACGAACAACAAUCGACUGAAAAAAGCUUAACUUCCAGUGAAAGCAGUGACCAACCAGAAUCUACCACUCCAAGCAAUCUAGCUGGAGGCAGUAUAACUAGCGUGAGUACACCUCCUAAUGACCAAAGCUCUUCAACAGUAUCACCUGAGACUAGUGAUACUUCAAGCACAGAAUCAAACACCACUCCAAAACGUUCGAGUAACGGUCCAAAAAAGGGGGAGCAGUCAACGACCAUCCAAGAAAUCUAA